UCUGCUGGUUGAACAACAAUAACACCAACGAAGAAGAAGGAGCGCGAACCAGGAAGUGGUGUCAACAGAGUCCUGAAGAACCCGUCCUCACGUCAGCUGCUCCAACAUGGCGGCCGUGGACGUGGAGGACGAGAGCAUCCUGGCGUCCAUCUUUAAGGACGUGUUCCCGGACAGCCUGAGGGACAGCAGCGGGAGGGACAGGGACAGUGGGAGAGACAUCAGUGGGAGAGACAUCAGAGACAUCAGGGACAGAGACAGCAGUCUGAGGGACAGCAGGGACCUCCGGAGCGCGGACGUGGCGGGCUACCUGUCCUUGCUGAGCUCCUUCGGGCUGGAGAAGCUGGUCCGGGAGCCGGAGCGUCUGUGUGAGGAGCGGGCUGUGAUCCUGCAGCAGACCCGGGAGCUGGCCUUCUGCAACUACCAGACCUUCAUCCGGACCGCAGACUGCACCCGGGACACCUACCGGGACUUCAGCCGCGUGGAGGGCAGCGUGUCCCGCCUGCUGGACAAGCUGCCCGCCUUCAGGGAGCGAUGCAGGGGCUUCAUGAAGGAGGCGGAGCAGAUCGGAGCCAGUCGCCGGAUGAACAGCCUCACGUUGAACCGUCACACUGAGAUCCUGGAGAUCCUGGAGAUCCCUCAGCUGAUGGACACCUGCGUCCGUAACGGUUACUACGAGGAGGCUCUGGAGUUGGCGGCGUACGCCAAAAGGCUGGAGAAGAAGCACUCGUCCCUCCCCGUCAUCCAGGGGAUCGUGCGUGAGGUGCGUCAGUCCGCCCAGCUGAUGCUCAACCAGCUGCUGCAGCAGCUUCGCAGUAACUCUCAGCUGCCCGCCUGCCUGCGUGUGAUUGGCUACCUGCGGAGGAUGGACGUGUUCACAGAGGCGGAGCUUAGGGUGAAAUUCCUGCAGGCUCGAGGCUCCUGGCUUCAGUCCAUCCUCGCCGCCAUCCCCGAGGACGACCCCUACUUCCACAUCACCAAAACCAUCGAGGCCUGCAGGGUCCACCUGUUCGAUAUCAUCACGCAGUACAGAGCCAUCUUCUCUGACGAGGACCCGCUGGCGCACCCCGCCGGCGGGCAGGCCCCGGUUAACGAGGCCGCCAUCUUUCACGGCUGGGUGGUGCAGAAGGUGUCAGAGUUCCUGGAGACGUUAGAGAGGGACCUGCAGCGCGGCGUGGGAGGCCGCCUGGACUCCCUGCUGGGUCAGUGCAUGUACUUCGGUCUGUCCUUCAGCCGGGUGGGGGCCGACUUCAGAGGACAGCUGGCGCCGAUGUUCCAGCGAGUGGCGGUGGAGACGUUCCGCGGAGCUGUGCAGGAGGCGGUGGACAAGUUCAAGGAGGACAUGAACGUGUACACCCUAAUCACCCUGCCCUCGGUGCUGGGGGGGACCGUCCCCCACGCCGUCCCGGGCUCCCAGCCCGGAGCCCUGCAGCCACCCAUGUCCCUGCUGGACUUCACGCCGCUGGCCUGCUUCCUCAACAACGUCCUGACGGCCUUCAACGACCUGCGGCUCUGCUGCCCGGUGGGACUAGCUCAGGAGGUGGCCACGUGUCUCCAGGAUGCCCUGAAGACCGUGACCCAUCAGAUCCUGGUCUUCCACCGGGCCGAGGACUCGGCCUUCAGCAGCAGAGAGAAGCAGCUGUUCGUCCUCUUCUGCUCGUCCUACGCUGAAGAUCUGCUUCCGUUCCUCAACCGCUGCCUGCAGAUCCUGUUCCCUCCGGCUCAGCUCGCCCUCAUCCUCGGAGUUCCUCCCACUCAGCUGAACCGGUUCGGUGGUCUGGGCUGCAUCGACGUGGCGGCCGUCCUCCAGCCUCUGGACUUCCUGCUCCCUCAGAGAGAGACGGAGAUCCUCACGGACUCCCAGCUGAGCAGCCCGACCUUUGAGACCCAGAUCCCAGAACCGGAAACCGAGCCGGACCUGACAGAGUCGGGUCAGGUCGGCCCGGAGUCCACCCGGUCCGGUCUCAGAGACUCUGAGUCCGAGGAGGCAGAAGAAGAGGACUUCUCUCUGGACUGACGGUCCUUUAACGUCUCAUUUACAGCUGAAGGUGAGUCCAACAGAGAGACCACCAAACAUCUGAUGAAGACUCUGAGACGUUACCGUGGAAACGGACUGAUGUUUCUGACACUUCAGGAACCAUUGAGUAAUCAAUAAUAAAUAUGAAUCAUCUCUUCAGCUUCACUCUGAAUCAACAGAAAACAUCUCUAUUCAGUUUCCUGUUUCACAUGUUUGAUUUCUACAAAUGUUCUUUUAUGACAUUAAACAUCAUCCGAGUCAAAAACGUGUCUUUAUAUUAAAAC